AUGAAGUUCUCCGCUCUCGUCGCCGUCCUCUCCUCUUCCCUCGUGGCCCUUUCGACCGCGGCCCCAACGCCCGGCGCCGAGACCACGCCCGUGGAGACCUAUUCUCACAUCUUCAAAAGAAGAGAAUGUCCUGCCUCAGUCCCCUGGAUUGACAGAGGUAGCUGCAACGGAACUUCAUGCAAGUGGGGGGCCGGAAACUAUCCUUGCGGAACGGGCUCAUGCGUUGGCACUGGAGGUGGCGACGGUUCCUGCUGCUACUUCAAGGAUGGGGGGAACGAUGCUUAUUGCCCCAAUGGCGGCUGGUGA